AUGGAUUCAACUAAAGAAAGAGUAGAAGGAACAAGAGCAACUGUUAUCGAAAUAAUUGGAAGAACAGGUAAUCAUCUUAAUAAAUAUCCUGAGGUUCCAGAGGUGGUAUUACAUAAGUUAAGGUUUAAUUGGUUGGUUAAUAAAGAACCUUAAUUAGAAAUGUUAUGGGACCAGUGAGAAAAGGUGAUACACUAGAACUCAUGGAAUGUGAAAGAGAAGCCAGAAGGUUAAGAUGA